CCAGCUUCCUGCAGAUUUAGCCAGAAGAGUUGUUACAUUUCUGAGUAUUUCAUCAUAUGGAAAACGAGCCUUAAGUCGCUUUCAGUUCACCUUAGUAACGUUAUGAUUGUGUGGUUAAUCACUGAUGGGUAAGGUUUGUAAAGCUACAACUAGUAGGGAAGUCUGAUUCGGACUGCUACAUUUGUUAUUUUAGCCUUUUGUCUGUUGCAUGUUAGCAUGGUAACAGUUGAAUGAGUUACAAGCAUUUAGAUUAUAAGGACACAAGCAGCCAUAUCACUCUGUUGUCUCCAUAAGCUAAGUCUACAAACCUCUGUUCUGCAUAAUUUCCAUGGAAGGAUUUGAAUCUGGCCUCACAUGGGAGGUGAGGGCGAACAGCAGACAGUACCACAAACACAAACAGAAGAAAUCCUUUCUGUGUUUCCACUGGGGGAGAUAUGAGGACAAUUUGGUCUGCAGCUACAAGUACUCCCCGCUGACCUUCCUGCCCCUGACGCUGUUUGAACAGUUUCAGCGAGCGGCCAACGUUUACUUCCUCCUCAUGGUGGUGAUGCAGUGUGUCCCUGCCAUCUCCUCCAUACCUUUUUACAUCACCAUCCUCCCGCUGCUCAUCGUACUUUCAGUAAGAGGGAUGAAAGACCUUGCCAACGACAUGGCGAGGAGGCGCAGCGACUCUGAGAUUAACUCCCGACCCUGUGACGUACUCGUCUCCCAGAGUUUCAGCCGAGCGCAGUGGAAGGACGUGUGUGUGGGAGAUGUGCUGCGGAUCCACAAAGACCAAGUCAUCCCUGCUGACCUUCUCCUCCUGUGUAGUUCAGAACCUCACAGUCUCUGUUAUGUAGAGACAGCAGAUAUUGACGGAGAGACUAAUCUCAAGUUCAGGCAGGCGCUCAGUGCUACACACAACCAGCUGACCUCUCACCCAUCGGAGGAGACCCUUGCAGCCUUCAAUGGUGUCGUUCUCUGUGAGGAGCCAAACAAUCGCCUGUACACCUUCAGAGGCCAGAUGCACUGGAGAGGAGAGAGUCAUCUGCUGGACAACGAGCACAUCCUCCUGAGGGGAACCGUCCUACGCAACACAGAGUUCGCCUAUGGCUUGACCAUAUACACUGGCGCAGACAGCAAGAUCCUGAGGAACUGCGGGAAACUGAGAGUGAAGAAGACUCGUAUGGAGAGAGUUUUUAACCAAGUGGUCAUCGGGAUCGUCCUCUCCGUGCUGCUGGUAGCUCUGCUCUUUGCCAUCGGCGCCGGCGUGUUUUCCAGCUGGGCCAUGAGCCACACAGGUCCUACUUCUGCUCUGGUGGUUAACGGCAACCCCAUCUACACCGGCUUCCUCAUCUUCUGGAGCUACAUCAUCCUGCUCAGCCCGGCCAUGCCCAUUGCUCUCUACAUCUCGUUUGAGGUUAUUCACACGGUCCACAGCUUGUUUAUUGGCUGGGAUAUGGAGAUGUAUUGGCAGCAGGCCGACACACCGGCCCAGGCUAGGAACACUUCACUGAACGAGGAGCUCGGUCAAGUGGGAUACCUGCUGAGUGACAAAACUGGGACACUAACCCAGAACCGUCUGCUCUUCCGACAGUGCUGCAUAGCUGGGGAGGUCUAUGGUGAUGCAUCAGGCAAGGCAGAGGACACAGAGCCCAUGGACCUGAGCUGGAAUCCGUUCUCCUGCGGGGGUCUGUUCAUGUCGGCUCCCAGCCUGGUGCAGAAGCUCAGAGGACAGCAGUGUCCAAUCAGCUGCCAGUUCCUCAGAGCGCUGUCUGUCUGCCACACUGUCAUGGCCGAGUGGAAAGAAGAGGCUCCAGUUUACCAGGCUGCGUCCCCAGAUGAGGAAGCUCUCGUUUUGGCAGCGAGGGAGCUGGGCUGGGUCUUUCUCUCCAGGACACGAGACUUGAUCGUUGUCUCCGAGCUGGGUGUCACUCGGCAGUAUCAGCUGCUCGCACUGCUGGACUUUACCAGUCAGAGAAGACGCAUGUCAGUACUCGUGCGAGAGCCUGAGGGUGGGUUAAAGCUGUACUGUAAAGGGGCAGACCUAGUGAUCCUGGAGAGACUGCAGAAGGACUGUCUGCAUCAGGAAAGGACUGAACGAGCCCUGGAGCUGUUUUCCCAGGCCUGUCUGAGGACUUUGUGUGUUGCGGUUCGAUCUGUUCCCGAGGCAUUAUGGGAGCAGUGGAGUACAACUCUGGAGCGGUCUGCAACCAUGGUGACAUCGGACCGCGACGCACUGCUGGAAAAGCUUUAUGAUCAGAUGGAGAUAGAUCUGCAGCUUCUUGGAGUGACUGCGAUAGAGGACAGACUUCAAGAGGGCGUUCCUGAGACUAUUGCUCUGCUUCAACAGGCUGGACUUAAAGUAUGGGUACUCACUGGGGACAAAAAAGAGACUGCAGUGAAUAUCGGAUAUUCUUGCAAGUUGCUGGAUCCUGAUACCAGGUUACUGGAAUGGCAGGAGCUCAGACAGAUACUCCAGUCACCAGACCCAGGGGUCAGUUUCUUCAAGGCCAGGCAGACAGAGCUGUGGGCUGUAGACAAGCAGACGGCUGUAGUGAAGACUGCUUUGGUCCUCACCGGACCUGAGCUGGCAGAGUUUGACCAGAGACCUGAGUGGGGGGCUUCGUUCAUGCAGCUGGCAGAGCACUGUCAGUCGGUGCUCUGCUGUCGUGUGACGCCGGGACAGAAAGCUGACAUUGUCUCGUUGGUCAGGAGACACACCCGCUCAGUCACCAUGUCCAUCGGGGACGGUGCCAAUGACGUGAACAUGAUCAAGACGGCUCAUGUUGGUGUGGGCCUUGCAGGAGUGGAGGGGGGUCAGGCGGUGCAGAACGCAGACUUUGCUUUGUCCCAGUUCAGAUUUCUGCAGCGGCUGCUCCUGGUCCAUGGCCGCUGGUCCUACCAGCGCAUUUCCUUCUUCUUGCGCUACUUCCUGUUUAAGACCUGUGGCUUCGCUCUGGUGCACAUAUGGUUUGGUUUUUUCAACGGCUUCAGUGCUCAGUCUCUGUAUGAGUCAUGGUUCAUCGCUCUCUACAGCGUCUCCUACACAGCAUUCCCAGUUAUGGCUUUGGCAUUCUUUGAACAGGAUGUGAAUGCAGACCGCUGCCUGAAGUGGCCGGAGCUGUACCGAUCAGGACAGAAACAGGAGCUCUCCAGCCCUGUGAUACUGGUGUUCUCGCUCCUCUAUGCCGUCUACUCUUCCCUCGUCUUAUUCUUCAUCCCUUUUGGAGUUUUUUACAACACAGCCUAUGACUUCCAGACCAUGGCAGUCACUGUCACCAUGGCAGCAACGUUCACUGCCAACGUUGAGAUUUCGCUGAUCACCAGAUACUGGACCAAGUUCAACGUGGCAGCUGUGUGUGUCUCUGUGUUGAUGUUCUUCAUCUGUUCCCGGAUCACCCACAGCACCCGUCUGUUUAAGGCAUCGCCCAGUGACUAUUACUUCCUCGGAGCGUCUGAUAGAGCCUUCAUUGAUCCACUGGUGUGGCUCACAGCUCUGCUCGCCACCUGGACGGCUGUUUUACCCUCAAUGACGGCUCUGGCUAUCAAUGUCAUCCUCAACAUGCACGACAAACACAAGGUCCACAGUGCGUCCUCUCAGCCGGUGGAGCUGAAGUCGAGGUUGAGAAGGGGAGCGUCACUCCGCCGCUCGUCCUACGCCCUCUCUCAGGGGGCCGGGCCCGGACGCCUCAUCACUUCAGGAACAUGCAUCCGCAGCACCGUGCCGACGGUGGAUGAGAAGGUGACUUCUUACAAUAACUCCACGGGCUCACAGCUCCAGAUCAACAUGAAGAACAAUAGCGCUGCACCAAAUCACACAUGAAUAAUGACAACGGUACAUUUAAGGUUUUGAUAUGUGACAAUACUGGAUCAUAUAUAUUGUUAGUGCAGAAUAUGAGUGAAAAGAUUAUGUGUUUUUGUACUUAAAACAGGCGACUCUGUAGAGCCUGCACUGAUCUUUUGUACAGCUACCAUUUUGCAAUAAAGUAAA